CACAUUGGCGGGAAAGUUAUAUUUUCCCGCAUUUUCUUUUUAUAUUUUCUCGGCAAUCUUGUCGUUUCCUCUCUUUCGCCAACUGCGUUCUUCUCGUUGAUUCUGCAGUGAUUCUACAAUCAGGGUUUGUGGAAGCGCAUUGAUUAGUUUAAUCAGGGACUUAUGAAUUGGGUUUUACUCGUUUUUGGCUCAUACAUGUGAUUGUCUGAGAUUAGGGUUCUCUCUCACAAAACGAUCUGCCCAGAUUUUUUUGAACCCCAAACCGUGUCUCAACCACCCGUGGAGGAAAUCUGAGAACAUCGGUCAUCAACGGAAAUCAAUGGGUAAGGAGGAAAGCCCACAAGUUACCAGAAGAACAACCAGGUCUUCCUCUUCCGCUACUGUUGCAACGAAAACAUGUGAUUCACAUCCUCUAACAAUCAAGGAUCUUGUGUUUGGAGAAGACCCCAUUAGCUUGAAUGAUCUGUUAUCUAGUUUUCCUGGUAGACGUAUUCAGAUUCUUGAGCUUGUGCGCCUUUUGGGUGCAUCUAAUUCCCCCAUGCUUCCUCUUUUUAUUUAUGGAGGCACUUCUUCUGGAAAAACAAGUAUAGUUCUUCAAAUGUUCAGGCAUCUCAACCGCCCUUUUGUUUAUUCAAGUUGUCAUACGUGCUAUAGUCCUCGUAUCUUGUUUGAAUCCAUUUUGAAUCAGCUUUUGCUUCAUAGGAAGGAUGCAGCCAAUGGUUAUUCAAGUGCAAAGCGCUGUGAAAGGCCAUCUGAUUUUGUUAAUUUUCUCCGUGAAGCCUUGAGUAAUGUUAUAAAUAAUUUUAAGGGGAACUCUGGGAAGUUGGGCACCAAAAAGUUGGUUGGACAGGCUGAUGGAAAUAUGGUCUACUUGAUAUUUGACAAUUUGGAGCUUAUUAGAGAGUGGGAUAAAAGUUUGACCAUAUUACCUUUCCUGUUCAAUCUCUAUGACAUUCUAAAGAUGCCGGAGGUGGGUAUAAUCUUUGUCAGCAAUACUUCUCCUGAUACAUAUUACUCAAAUAUGGGUUACAUGGAGCCUAUACCUGUUUAUUUUCCUGAUUACACUGAGGAUGAUCUUCGUCAAAUAUUCAUGAAAAACCAAGCAAACCGGAAGCUUUAUUCAUCAUUUCUUGAUGUUGUACUUAGGUCUUUCUGUAGAAUAACUAGAAGGGUGGAUGAAUUAUCUACUGCCUUUUUACCAUUAUUUCAAAAAUACUGUGAGCCUUUACAUGAUUUGGGAGUUGUUCCCAAUGAAGAAAUGAAGAGACGGUUGUUUUCUCAUCUUCAGCCACAAAUUGCUCCUUCUCUGAAUGAGGUAUUUAAGGUUUCAUCUCAGUCUUCACCUGCAGCUGAAUCAAACAAGGAGACAAUGAAGAAGAGCAGCAGAAGGAAAUUGGGAGUUUGUGCAGAAAUUGAUGAGUUGGAUUUUCAUAUGUCCACUUCUGCAAAAUAUCUCCUUAUAUCAGCAUUUCUUGCUUCAAGAAACCCAGCUACCCUUGAUGCCUCCCUUUUUGAUUCAAUGGGUGGUAUUGAUAGUCGAAAGAGAAAGCGAAAGUCCUCUCAAAAGUCAUUGGAGAAGAAGGAGAAUGCAGAACAGGAAUUACUUAUGAAGGGACCAGGAACUUUCCCAUUAGAGAGGUUAUUAGCCAUAUUUCAAUGUCUCACGUCUGUAGCAGAAGGUUCAAUCGAUGAAGAGGAACAAGGAGAUGAAGGGUUAGGAGUUCAAGGUGGGGAUGGUGGACUCAUGUCUGACGUUCUGUUGCAACUAUCCAGUCUCUGCAAUGCAAAUUUUAUUGUUAAAGGGGGAAGCUGCCCAUUGGAAGGCUCAACUCGGUACAGAUCUACUGUGUGUGAAGACAUGGCUCUGAAGGUAGCAAGGAGUUUGAAGUUCCCUUUGUCAAAGUAUUUAUAUAGAAGAUAAUAACCUGUAAUGUGGAAGCUAAUUGUGACAUGGUCUUCAACUCAAAAAAUCUUUCAGAGAAAUUUUGUAAAGAAAAAGGUCAGAUUGGUUACAAUUUCAAGUUCUAAUAGCCCCUGCAAUGUGAUCAUGAUUUCUGGAUAUCGAAGUUGAGCAAAUAUAAAAUCACUGCUAUUGAGUGGACUCA